AUGAGAAGAUAUCAACAACAUACCCACGCGAGCUGGCAUCGCGCCAAUGCAGAUAAAUUCGAUUGCCCUUGGUGCCAGACCCCUCACCGGGCAGAAAGCACAACACCUCACCAGAACCGAAACCGGAAGCCGUCCACGAAGAGCUCAGACAAUGGCAGAACCAGUAGAGCAAUUGCUACAUCGACACCAGUCGGACGUCGAAUAGACCAGAAUUCUCAUGUUCCUAUCGAAGACGAGGCCGUCGGCACCCCGCUCCCACAGACUCCAGAUUCAGCUCCGCACGCGUAUGAAGAGACACCAGGGCCGGAAUUGGAUUCGAACUACCCGCUGUAUAAAGGUCGCACUUCGAGGCCUGAUGGAUUGAAUAAUGCGUUCGCGUCAGAUACACCGCGUCCGCCACUUCCCGAGGAAUGGACGAAGGAGGUUGAGGAUCGGGAACAUGGCAAUGCUGCGGAAUGGAACCCACCGGCUGCGGAAGAUUGGCGCUCGGGGUUAGAAACGUCUGGAGAUUUGCGAAUGCCCGAUGGUGAGAAGAUUGACUCUCCGGAGUUGAGUGUGAGGGAGUUGGAGAAGACUAGUUAA